AUGACGGUUGAAUCGGAAAUCCUAUCACUAUUGACAGCGUUACUACGAGUAUCGCCAGAGAUGCUAAAAGCUCAUCGUACGGAAGUAAUUCCUGCACUCGAGACAAUUGCAGAACGAGUUGGAGUAACAGUUAUUCAAAACUCCUCCGCUGCAUCGUAUCGGCAAACCGCAGCUCCCGAUGAGUGUUCAUUGCAAUACGCUGCUUAUGAAGAAAGCAGUUCUACCUCUUCUAUCAGUGAUGGCUCAGCCCAGCAGACCUCCGCCGAUUUAGACACAAUUGAAGAAGUGGAUUCGAUCUCUUCUCCCGCCUCUGUCAGUGAUGGAUCACUCCAGCAAACCUCUGGCGAUUUAGACACUAUUGAAGAAGGGGAUUCGACCUCCUCCCCCUCUACACUAUUGAAGAAGGGGAUUCGACCUCGACAGCUCCUGGAUAAGAUACAAGAAAACCUCGAGAAGAUUGUCAAGUUUUUCAAUCAUGGUUCGUCCGACAUAAUCGCAAGUUUCCUUGCCUCGCUGGCUGUUGAGGACGAUCGCCUUUGCGAUAUAAAGAGCAUUGUUGGAAAGAACAAGCCAAGUCACAAUGACAGAUACAUUCAGUGCCUUGCCCAACGAUCGCUAGCGCUUGAGUAUAAUCAAUGGGAACUCGAGAGACAACAGGCAGGAGGGACAAGGCUAGAUGGUGUGUCCAAGAACGCAUCGUCGGCAAGGAACAAAAGAGGCGGGAACUUUACAUACUACGUACAACAUGUUCGCCAGUUCGAUGACAGUCAAACAGCUUACAAAGCGCUUAAGCGUGGAAUUAAACAACUGAUGACUGAGGACAAAUGUGGGUUCCCCGGAAUAGAGGUGGCAAUCCCGUUUACGUACCAAUAUUUUGAUACUCUGUCUUAUAACGAACUUCACACAUUUGCCUCCCUACUCCGACAGAAAAUGGGCAUACUCCGUACCCUCAAACAAGCUUCGUCCUGGGUUGAGGAUGGCCAGUCAAUAUACAAUGGAUACAGGAAAAAUAAACGACCUCACCUUGAAUUAGAAUCGUCCUUUCCGAGAACCAAGCGCCCACGCUUGGCUGCACCACCCAUAUCUGAACUACCCACAUGGGGACCUGUAGAAGUGGACAAAAAUAACCCAGUGUACCAACUAGGCGUUGACGAUUUGUCGAAUAGAGGUGUAGUAGAGAGUGCCCUCGAUCAAACCAUUGACAAUGAGUUUGUUCCACGGACUACCGAACCUUCCGCCCAGCCUAAUAUAUCACCAGUGGUGGUUUCUGGCGGCAGCGGAAACAUGGACAACCAUCCCCUUCCUCAUGCUCUUGGAUACAAUGCUCCGCCUGAGAGCGCGACCACGGUCGAAUUGCCAACGGAUCACCGGCGAAAUUUAGUUGAAGAUACAGCUCAAAAUGCGGUCGGUCGACCUUUCUCAGCGUCAUUACAGUUGGUGCCUACGACUUCGACCGCUGAAACAUACCUGCCAUACACCGACUACUGGGUAACACAGCCUGACGACAUUGGCACUUCGUCCGCUGAAACCUACAUGCCAUACACCGACUACUGGGCAACACAGCCUGACGACAUUGGCACUUCGUCCGCUGAAACCUACAUGCCAUACACCGACUACUGGGCAACACAGCCUGACGACAUUGGCACUUCGUCCGCUGAAACCUACAUGCCAUACACCGACUACUGGGCAACACAGCCUGACGACAUUGGCACUUCGUCCGCUGAAACCUACAUGCCAUGCACCGACUCCUGGGUAACACAGUCCGGCGACCUUGACACUGAAACUCAUAUGUUCAACACUCAGUUGCUGACAACAACUGCCUCUCAGCCGCAGUUGAACAUGGUCAAUAUCCGAGGUUAUGGCAGUGUUCACUCACAUGGGCACAACAAUGAAUCUCUGCAAAGCCAUCAUACUUCAUCAUUUCGCUCAGAAGCUUGUAAUGCUUAA